GGUCGGAACGUCGCUGGCGUGUUUCAGGUUGGCCUUUCGUGAUGGCGGACCACAAUGACAUCAGUCUGCUGCCAGAGGAACGUGUUCGUGCUCUCACUAAAAAAGGAAGCUCAGUGGAGGUGAAUGACGAUGUUCCCCCACGCCGUUACUUCCGCUCAGGCAUGGAGAUGAUUCGUAUGGCUAAUGUUUACACUGAGGAGGGAAACAUCGAACACGCCUUUGUAUUGUACAAUAAAUACAUCACGCUCUUUAUAGAAAAACUCCCCAAGCAUCGGGAUUACAAGACUGCAAACAUUCCCGAGAAGAAGGACACACUAAAGAAACUUAAGGAUGUUGCAUUUCCUCAAGCAGAGAUUCUGAAAAAAGCUCUUUUGAGAAGAUUUGAGCAAGAGCAUGAACAGUAUCUUGUCAAGAAGAGGGUGGAGGAAGACGCCUUGGCACAGGAGCAGUCCCGACAGCAAGCGCUAGAUGCGGAGCGGGAACGUGUGGCCGAGAUGCAGCGACGGCAGCGGGAGCAGGAGCAGUUCAGUGCCUUUGAGGAGAUGAUCCGCCGCCAGGAGCUGGAGAAAGAACGCCAGCGAGUUCUUCUGGAGUUCUCCACACCCUCUGCGCCCUCCCCUGAUGCGCCUCUGAUUCCUGGCAUCCAGGGCCCACCUACUGUCUCACCCACUCUCCCACAGAGCCAUGGGGACUUGUCUGGCAUCACCAAUCAAUACAAUCGCCCCCCUUCUUCUAACAGCACACCUGCCACAGCUCCCCCUACCUUCGAUCGGGCGCUUAAACCUGGGUCUCUGGUCAGCCCUGGAAACAACAAUACAAUGGUGGAUGCCCUUCGGCAGUUGGCUGUUCCUGCUGAGCUGUGCCGAAGCUUUCUGAGGUUGGCCGAAGCCAACACAAUCCGAGCUGUAGAAACCUGUGGCAUCCUGUGUGGCAAACUGACCAGAAAUGCAUUUACUGUGACCCACGUCAUUAUACCAAAGCAGUGCGGAGGACCGGACUAUUGUGACACAGAAAACGAGGAGGAGCUCUUCCUCAUACAGGACCAGUACGAUCUCAUCACCCUGGGCUGGAUACACACUCAUCCCACACAAACAGCCUUCCUGUCCAGCGUGGACCUUCACACGCAUUGUUCCUAUCAGAUGAUGCUCCCAGAGGCCAUUGCUAUUGUUUGCUCGCCUAAGUUCAAUGAGAUCGGCUACUUCCGGUUGACGGAUCGAGGAACAGACGAGAUCUCCACAUGCAAACAAAAAGGCUUUCACCCUCACAGCAAAGAACCCCCUCUAUUUUCACACGCGGGACAUGUCACCAUCACCAACGACACUGUGUCCGUUAUGGAUUUGCGGUGAUUUUUUAUUUUUUUGCUUUUCCCCAGAACACUUAUAUGCUGUUUAAUAAAACUGCAGACUGGACAAACACUGAUUUUACAUUGAGGAAAGUACUGAGCAAACACUGAUCACAAGUUACACAUUUAUAUGAACUACGUUGUUCUCAGAGGGAACAAUGUUUUUGUGUGUUCUACAUGUUAUUGCACUUUCCAAGCAAACAACUGCUGUCCACCUAACGGACCGGCAGACCUCUGGCCCUACAGCCCCUCUCUGUCAAGUGUGCUACAUUCCCUUUGUGUUCAGCUGUUAUUUAUGUCGGCAGUAGUAGUAAUAAUAAUGUAACUUUGUGUUUCUUCACUUGUUAUUUGUCUCAUGUUGGUCCUGUCUGAUAGAUGAAGUGCCAAGGAGGAGAAUAUUCACUUGUUUUGAAGUUAUGCAUUGUGCAAGGUGAGCAGUGUGAAAUUCAUGAUGUUUUCUUCACCGUUAGUGCUGCGAGUGAUGAGAGAAAUGAAAGCUGCGACUCAGGUAUGCAGGCAGCGAUGCUGCUGCUGCUCUGUAUUAUAUUUUUUUACACACAGCCCAUCACUCCGCUCUCCGCACUCCGAUCCUUUACUGACAAAGGCUUUUGAUUGAAGUGUAAUUCUUGAAAAUGAUGGAUGCACCUUUUUCAAUUAAAUCUUUAUUCUUGGGGCGGGGGGUGGUAGUACCUGUACGGUUUCUCCAAGCUUGUGUGGAACAAGCGUUCUGAAUGUACGACCUCCUACACAUACAUAGCCACGGUUCAUAUCUCUACCCGUCUUACUUGCUCCCUUCUGUUUGUAGAGGAAACAAAUAAUUAGCCAUAUUUGUGAAAAAUAAAAUAAUUGAAUUAAAUGCCAAGAAAAAAUAAACCUGUUGUAGAUAUAUCUAG